UGGACCAUCGUGUUUCACGUCAAUCACCUAAUCUUUCACACGCUAUCGCAAGUUCCCACCUUCCCUUCCAAUUCCAUGCCUAUUUAGCCCAUCCUCCUCCCAAAAGCUUUUCAGAAUACAGCCAUGGCUAAGACUGAGCUCAAGCUUCUUGGAGCACGGGCAAGCCCAUAUGUUAUGAGGCCAAGAAUUGCCCUUAACAUCAAAUCUGCUGAUUAUGAGUUUCUUCAGGAAACUCCUGGAUCAAAAAGUCAGCUCCUUCUUGAAUCCAAUCCUGUCCACAAGAAAAUCCCAGUUCUCAUUCACAAUGGUAAGCCCAUUUGUGAAUCUCUCAUCAUUGUUGAGUACAUUGAUGAGGUUUGGUCAUCUGGUCCAUCUAUUCUUCCUUCUGAUCCUUAUGAUCGUGCCAUUGCAAGAUUUUGGGGUGCCUAUGUUGAUGAGAAGUGGUUCCCAAACCUGAGAAUCCUUUCAACUGCUGAAGGAGAGGCAAGAGAUCAGGUUAUAGGGACAUUGGUUGAAGGGCUUGUACUGCUGGAGGAUGCAUUUGUUAAGAUUAGCAAAGGGAAGGCUUUCUUUGGAGGAGACCAAAUUGGGUACCUUGACAUAGCAUUUGGUUGCUACUUGGGGUGGUUGAGAGCCUCAGAGAAGAUGAAUGUAGUGAAGCUGCUAGAUGAAGCAAAUACUCCUGGUCUUGUAAAAUGGGCUGACACGUUCUCUGCUCAUCCUGCUGUGAAGGAUGUCAUGCCAGAAAUUGAUAAGCUUGUUGAGUUUGGAAAGUCUCUUGCAGCCAAAUUCAGAGCUGCAAAAACUGGGUCCUCCUAAUUAAGUAACCAUAUCAUGCCUGUUCAGCUAGUGUGUUGUUUUGAUUGCUAGAACGAAAAAGCUGCCUCAAAUUGUGAUGAAUCUUGAAACUUCAUUAUUUAGAACUAAAUUCGAGUUACUAUGAACAAUGAAAAUGUCAGGCAGCUAGUGUGCUGUUUCUGCUUUGCUAGAUUGUUGAAACGAUGCCUGUAGUACCAUGAGAGCUUAUAUAUUACAGAAAUAAAAUUGAAUUAGUAGGGACAAUAAAGAAAGAUGGUAGCUUUGUGUUACCAUUUAUUCGGUUUACUUGAA